CGUUCUCAAACUUGCUCAAACUCCUUUUUGCUUCUCCUCCGUAGUCGGUGGCCGGUCCAUCCUUCGUUCAUUGUAAUUGGCUGACCCGUACAUUCCUUUCGUAUCUUCAUCAUGAGGCUCAACGGCUUCCUUCCCCUACUCGCCUUCAGCGCUUCAACUGUGGCAUAUGUUGUUGCUGACAAGCCUUUUAACGCUGACGUAGUUGAGGCUCGUGAACCUGGAAGUGGUCCAGUACUUGCUUCUUCUUUCGUCAACGCUCUUCGCCUUCGUGAGCCUGCUCCCUAUCCUCAUCACAAGGGAAAGGGCAAAAAGGUGAACCGGCGUUCACCAGUGCCUCACCAUAAGGGUAAGGGCAAGAAACAGAACAAGAGAGAGCCAGAUCCAGUGGCCGUCCCGGAACCUCACCACAAAGGAAAGGGAAAAAAGCAAAAUCGCGAAGCUGAGCCCGAGCCUAUCCCUGAGCCCCACCACAAGGGCAAGGGCAAGAAGCAGAACCGUGAAGCCGAGCCGGAACCUAUCCCCGAGCCCCACCAUAAGGGAAAAGGGAAGAAGCAAGCUCGUGAGGCUGAACCGGAACCGGAACCUCACCACAAGGGCAAGGGCAAGAAGCAGAACCGUGAAGCCGAGCCGGAACCUAUCCCCGAGCCUCACCAUAAGGGGAAGGGGAAGAAGCAAGCUCGCGAGGCUGAACCAGAACCGGAACCUCACCACAAGGGCAAGGGCAAGAAGCAAGCCCGCGCGGCCGAGCCAGAGCCGGAACCUCACCACAAGGGGAAAGGAAAGAAGCAAGCUCGAGAAGCUUCACCGGAGCCAGAACCGCACCACAAAGGCAAGGGCAAGGCUAAGAAGGCGAACAGGGCAUGAAUCUGUCUUCCAAAGAGUGGGUCUGCGGUUGGAAAACAGAGACUGCUGGUGCGCGGCUGUUGCCUGGUUUCGAGGCAAUUUCUUAUCUUCAGUCUAUUGAUUCGCUGAGGUCUGGCCUCUUUGUAUCUAUGAAUUAUUGGCGAUGGUUGUAGAAAUAGCUAUACGAAAAAUUGG